AUGGACAUGGACACUUCCGAAGACGACUUCGAAGCCGACAGCAGUACCCGACCGCAGCAGCAGCAAGAGCAAGAGCAACAGCAGCCGCCGACCUCCACUGGUACCAGCAGCUCCAGCGCCGGGCACACGCCCUCGCCCGCUCCCGCUCCGGCAGCAACAGCGACGCCGCCCACGGGGUUUCCCCCGCCGCCGGCACAAUCCCCCGCGGACUCCUCCGGGCUUCUCGGGGGCGGCGCGGCGGCGGCACUGUCCAGCAGGAACGGCGGGGGCGCUAGCCCGGCCGGCGCUGGCGGGGGCGGCGGCGGCGAGAUCGGCGGCGGCGGCAGCAGCGGCAGCAGCAGCAGCGGCCACCAAAGCCAGGCCAUCUACAGCGACCGCUUCAUUCCCGCGAGGUUCGGGUCCGUCCUGGAGACCGGCAGCCCGUUCUUGGUGGGGGGGGGCUCUCACUCGACGGCGGCGGGCCGCGGCGUCCACGCCACCAACGGCAACGGCAGCGGCGGAAACAGCAGCAGAAGCACCACCUCGCCGUCGCCCGGCGGCGGCGGCGGCGGCAGCGGCGGCCAACGCGGGGGUGGGGCAAGCCAAGCGGGGGCACGCGGCGGGGGGGGGCUGGCGGGUUACGGUAGCGGCUUCAGCCCGCGGGGGUUGAUCUUCUCCGCAGGCGGGCCCGCCGCGGGCGGCGGCGGCGGCGGCGGCGGCGGUGGCGGCGGCGGCUCCAGGAGACGCCUCGAUGCCGCUGACCCCGGCGGCAUUCGCGGGACGGAGGGCGGCGGGGGCGUCGCCGGGAGGCAGGGCCGGCCUGGGGGGGCACAGGGCGCGCACGGGGCGGGGCAGCAGGCCGGGGGCGGCGGGAGUCCCGCGUUGCCGGGGGUCGGCAGCCCGGAGUACUGGCCGUACGGGUCCAGCGCGACCGACGCCCAGCGCGAAGGGCAGACGAUGUUGAAUAUGCUGCUGAGGAGCGAGCUUCUGGGGACCGAGUCGCCCGGGGGGCGGGGGCCGGAGCAGGCAGGGGCAGCGGAGGCAGCGGCGGCGACGGCAGCGGGGAGGAGGGGGGGGAGGCUGGGAGGCGCCGCGGGAAUGGGGGGGGGAGUGGGCGGCGAUGACGGCGGGACGUCGGGAGGCGCGCUGACUCCUUCGCCGAAUGUGUUUCGAUUCAAGGCGUACGAGGAGGACGUGAAGAUGUCGUACUCCAUCUCUCCUGUCAGCCAGUCUACCAGGAUGCUGUCCAAGCCCGGCAAGGCCAAGCGGAAGAUUCCCAAGAUCCCCUUCAAGGUUCUGGAUGCACCGCAGCUUCAGGACGACUUCUACCUGAACUUGGUGGACUGGUCUUCUCUCAACGUCUUGGCUGUCGGGCUUGGCGCGUGCGUGUACCUGUGGAGUGCUUGUACCAGCAAGGUGACGAAGCUGUGCGAUUUGGGGCGGGACGUGGUGUCUUCCGUGGCGUGGACGCAGAGGGGGACUCAUCUUGCCGUGGGCACGAAUACCGGUCUUGUGCAGAUCUGGGACACCGGGAACUGCAAGAAGAUUCGCACCAUGACGGGGCACUCCAACAGGGUGGGCACCAUGUCGUGGAACGCUCACUCGCUAGCGUCGGGCAGCCGAGAUCGCCUGAUCCUGAUGAGAGACGUUCGCGCCGCGGAACCCUUCACGCAGAAGCUCGUCGGUCACAAGCAAGAGGUGUGUGGACUCAAGUGGUCCUUCGAUGACAAGCAGCUAGCUUCCGGCGGCAACGACAACAAGCUUCUCAUCUGGAAUGCGCACUCCACGUCGCCGGUCCUACGGUUCAGCGAGCACACCGCGGCGGUGAAGGCCAUCGCCUGGAGCCCGCACCAGCACGGCAUCCUCGCGUCCGGAGGGGGCACCGCGGACCGGUGCAUCCGCUUCUGGAACAGUCAGACGUCCGCUGGGCUCAGCUGCGUCGACACAGGCUCUCAGGUGUGCAACCUCAUGUGGUCGAAGAAUAUCAACGAGAUCGUCAGCACGCACGGCUACUCUCUGAACCAGAUCAUCGUCUGGAGGUACCCCAGCAUGACGAAAGUCACCACGCUCACGGGACACACGAUGAGGGUACUGUACCUGGCCAUGUCUCCGGACGGACAGACGAUAGUCACUGGGGCGGGAGACGAGACCCUAAGAUUCUGGAACGCCUUCCCGGGACCCAAGAGCCGGGAGGGCUCCGGCUCCGCGGGACUGUUGUUUCCUGCGGGCGUGGGCAUCCGAUGACGUCAGCAUGCUGACCUCCUCAGAACUGUUGUACCGUCUAGCGGUUCUCGAAGCUGCAUGUGCCUCUGACUGGUGCAGUGGUUGGCAUCAGCCAUGCGUAGGUCAUGGAUCCCCAGAUCCCGCUGCCGCUGUAACAAACGAUUUUUGCGGCGAGUGACUGACCAGUCGUGGGUGUCUCUUUGUUUGGUCUCGCACUAUGCACCUACUACCUAUGUCUCUGGAGCGCGUGGUCCAAUUUUAUUUCAAUUGUCGUCGUCCCAUCUAGUCUGGACACACCAGCCUUGGAGUCACACAGGACGAAAGCCGCCACACUGCAGGAGUGCCUCACAUUCAUGUUGAUACAUACUCCGAACGUUUUAAUGUGAAGACAACAACAACCACAACAACUUGUGUUCGAGAAAGGCAGGAGGGCGCAGGGGGGGGGUCGUAGCGUCUCCUUCCCCCGAAUCCCCCGCUACGAUUUCCAGGCGUGCGUCGGGGAGGUUUGCCCAAGAAUCACGUCCCGUUUUUGUUUGUGGCGCACGCGCGAGGGGCAUCGGAAGAUGUACGUCGGUGUUUCGCUGCGCAUGUCUGCGGAAAGGGGACUUAGUGACGCGGUUGAAGGGAUGUGUAGUGAGAGAGCAUUUUAGCGCGGAGCACGAAAAGGGUUCUGUAGAGUAUUCAUAGGCGUAGGGAAUGACCUACUUUUUCCCGGCGGCGGUAGCUUUUUCUGUCCGCUGCGUCAUGAUUUAUGAGUGUGCGUGUGCUGUUCUCAAGAAUAUUACACGGAGCAUGUAGAUGACGCUUUUGCUGUGUACUCGUAAAAGUGUGAGAAGAGAAUGUCGGUUCGUUAAGGCUUCCACGAGAAAACGGGGGGGGCAUCAUGCCACCAACCACGGUCUGCCGCCGCGUUGUUGCUUUUGGUGCGUACAUGAUGAUGGUCGGCACAGAGACGUUGCUUUGUUCUGUCGCCUAUUGUAUGCAUAUGUGUUUUUUUGUUUCGUGGUGUACAACUCCCGUCCCGGGGAUAUAUGGAUGGGUCCCGCGGGGGGGGUGCGCGUUGGACGUGGUGAAACCGUGCGUCCACUUCGGGGUUGCGCGACGAGCUGCGGUAGAGAGGGCAAACAAACGUGGUUGUGUUGUGUCGUGUUGUGUUGUGUGUCAGCUUGUGUGUGUCGUUGUCAUGAUCUUGGUCGCUUGUCAGGAAGGGAAGGGAAGCAAGAAAGAAUAAAACAGUUUGCCCGCCGUGGUUAUUACUCUGCGC